AUGGCUCCACCAGAUCCAGAAGACAGAAGUAGAGAAGAGAAGCGAACCAAAGCAAGCAAGCUUCAAGAACAAGGGGAGGGGGAGGAGGAGGAGGCCAUGCGGCUGCCGUCCGACGUGCCGCGCGACCACUUCGCGGUGUACGUGGGCGAGUGGUGGCGCCGGUUCGUGGUGCCCAUCGCGUUACUGGACCGCCCCGAGUUCCGGUCCCUGCUGCGGUGCGCCGAGGAGGAGUUCGGGUUCGCGGGCGCCGGCGGCGCCCUCGUCCUCCCCUACGAGGAGGUCGCCUUCCACUCCCUCACCUUCGCGCUCGCCUGUGCCCGGUGAA